UUUGAGAGCUUAUAAUAAACCUCUAUGUACGAGAGAUCUAUGGACUUACAAUAAAUCUCUUCAAACCAAACGGAUCCUUACGCGCCCGCACCAAUGCCACACUGCUCUGCUCUCCGAGUAACUUAUUGCAAGCAGUGACCCUGGUUGAGCGAGCCAGCUUUGGAUAAUUCUUGCUCCCUGUCGUUUUGGUUUGAAGCUUUCUGGAGGGAGCAGCACACGGCUUCGGUAUCAGUGAAGUGAGGGCCUGUAAGAGCUGAGAGUGAAGCGAGAGCAGAAGGGGGAAGUUGAGAUUUCUGUCGCGGAGAUCAACGCUUGCAGAGUGUGCUCCGUGCUGUGGCGAGUCCCGCUAAUCUCGCUUGAUUUCUUGGUGGUGGGAGGCGACAGGUGCGUGAGCCGCCUGCUUGGGAGGUGAAAGCAGGAGGCGUUUCUUCGCUGUUGUCUUUGUCCUGGUUCUUUUCGUCCGGUACUUCCCCUUCCAAGCUCCACGCCACUCUCGCCUUGGGCGGCUGCCUUUUCAUCUCCCUUCUCGCCAAAUUUCUGUGGGUAAAGAUCACGAGGACCAUGCACAGGUUGAAGGUAUGCAAGUUCCUCGCUUGUGGUAUCGUUUGCAACUCGUGUUCUUCUUUGAUUUCCAUGGAGGAAAAGUGCAAGGUAGGCGAGAAGUGAGCAGAAAUUGGCAUCCUGAGCCUCCUUUUCAUCCUGAACAUUGAUCAUUUUUCCCCUAUCUCGCCCAAGGAAUUAUGCUUGUUUUUCCUAGCAAGUUUGGUUCUUGUAUCAUGGAGCAAGCAGUUAGGAUGACGAGCAAGAACCCUACCAAAACCCCGCCGCUCCUGGCCACCCUUCUCCUCCUGCUCGCCUUCCUCGCCCUGUGCGCGCCCGCCUCCUCCCAGCCGCUCCACUCGGAGCCCAUGCCCACCCAGUCGCCGCCACCCUCACCCACGCCACCGCAGUCCACGAUUCCCCGCGCGCCUGCCGGCGGCGCCGCGCGCCUCCGCCGCAUCGCGCUCGGCGUCCUCUUCGGCUCCAUCUCCGGCUUCCUCCUUGCGCUCGCCUUCCUCUACGGCAUCCGCGUCGCCAUCCUCCACGCCAAGAGCGCGCCCGCGAUCGUCAAGGGCCCUGUCUCCUUCACCCCGCAAAUCUCCCCCAAGAACCUCCUUGCCGCGCUCCCCUCCGCGCAGCCGCUCGCCCAUGGCCCCCAUGGCAAGUAUUGCAAGCUGGCCCUUGACAACGACCUCACUGUUGCCGUCAAGCGGCUCGAGGCGGCCAACCGCCCGGAGGAGGCCUCGCCGUCAAUGUCCCCGAGCACAUCCAAGUCUGACAUGAGGAGGGUGCAGAGGCAGCUUGAGGCCCUUGCCCGGGUGAGGCACCAGAACGUAAUGACCUUGAAGGCAUAUGUUCGCGAAGCUGACCGACUUUCGCUCGUGUAUGACUUCAUUCCUGGGGGCAGCCUCGAGGAAUUGAUGAAGAGGGUGAGAUCACAGCAGGUCAGCCUCAAUUGGGAUGCCAGGAGCAGGAUUGUUGUUGGAAUUGCCAAGGGAUUGAGGCACUUGCAUUUUGAGUACAGUCCAAGGAUACUCCAUUGCAACCUCAAACCAUCGAAUGUGAUGCUGGACGAAGGCUUUGAACCAAUAUUGACAGAUUGUGGUAUUGCAAGGCUGAUUGCAGCAGGUUCAGGUGAUCCAGAAUUAUGCAGUGGCCUCUAUGCAGCUCCAGAGUGCUACCAGAGCAGCAGGUACACAGAUAAGAGUGAUGUGUAUGCCCUUGGCAUGAUCCUGGGCGUACUGCUCACUGGGAGAGACCCAACAGAUCCUUUCUUCUCGGGAGAAACUGGGCGGGGUGGCCUCCCCAGAUGGCUCCGGCAUAUGCAGCAAUCUGCAGAUCCAAAAGAAGCACUGGAUAGUAGCAUCUUAGGAGAUGAGGGUGAAGAAGAGGAGAUGUUUAUGGCCAUUAGGGUUGCCAUUGUCUGCCUCUCAGAUUCGCCAGUCGAUCGGCCAUCCAGCGAUGAGCUCGUCGCGAUGCUAACACAGCUCCACAGCUUAUAAUCAUCACAAAUCAUUUCUCGAGCGCUGCAUAUGUUGAUCUUCCAUCAUGGCACGGCGAUGGAUCAUGCUGGAUCAACUCUAACUGUUGCACAGGUGACUGUGCAGUAGCUUUUAGUGUCUGGAGCUGGAGUGUCCAAGCCAGAUGGUCCACAAGGGAAGCAACAGUUUCAGAAUCACAAAGAAGCAGCAGCUGCUCCCUGCUGUGAUUCAAAAUGUAGCUACAUGCUGGUGGUACGGUCGAGCUUCCUGGGUUGUUCAUGUUGUGCCCAUGAGUUGUGAAUAUGUCUUUGUAGAAAGCUCUGUGGCAUGGAUCUGUUGCUGUAAGCUGUAGAAGGAUGUUUUUUUUUUUUGAAAACUACUGUAGAAGGAUGUUGUGAUGUUGCAUAGAGACCCAUCAUGUACACCGGCUCCACCACUCUGCCUGUGACUAUGAUGCCCGGUAUUUAACAGGCUGUUGGGCCCAA